CUAGUUGGGAAUUUCUGUCGAUCAUUAUCAAAAUUGACAAUAUUUUAGAGGGGAUUGUACUAUUUAAAGAAGCACUGAUUUUAAAAAUGACACAGUCUUCGAAAUAAGUCUUCAACCAUGCGUAUCGUCAAAAACAGCGGCCUUUUGACCCUUCUUCUUUUCGUAGCCUGUGCUCACGGCUAUGAUUCCGGGCGAACCUUUUUCGAACCCGGAGGCAAAAUUACUUCCCAUUCCCACAGUAAUGAUGGACCAGUAGGCCAAAGUUCUUCCUCUUCCCAGAGUGGUAUAACGAAUGGACGCCCUUAUAUUGCUACUCGAACGUUCGGAUCUGACGCUGAUGCUUAUGCUAGUGUCCAACCAAAUGAUUUUUAUUACAAUCAACAAUCAGGAUAUGGCCCAGGAAACAACGGAUACUACCAAGGAAGCAUCCCGAAUUACCCAGGAUACAACCGGAAAUACCCAGAAAAUAUUCGAAAUUACCCAGGAAACAACCAUAACUACCCACGCCGAAAUUUAUACUAAUGAAACGACGGAUAACAUAAUAUUAAAAAUAUUAAUAAUUAAUAAUAAAAGAAAUUAAUUUAGUAAGAAGGAUAUUGAAUCUCAUUAUAUGAAUUUUAUUUUAAGAAUGACUAAUUAACAAAACGGAGCGCUGUGCGCGCAAUACUCUUUCCUUGUUCUAAAUACUUGGUAUUCGAGCUAGUAUUACUCUGAAAAAAUAAAAUUAGUCAAAAAUA